UUGAGUGGAUCGCCCACGGGGAGUAGAUUAUGGAAGUCGGCGAUCAGAACCUGUUUCUGCAUAAAGGUAUUACAUCGGGUUUUCUGUUCAUCCGCGACAUGAUGCUUAUCCUUCUCUCACAGUUACUGCUUCUCACAAGCUUUUACACUCUGUCUUCCCUCACACUCUCCUCUCACACAUUCACAGUUUCUACAUCUCUCGCCAUUCACACUCUCUUCCUUUCACACACUCACCCUGUCACGCCCAUUUACACUCCCUCCCUCUCACUUUCACGCUCCCUCCCUCUCACUCUCUCUCCCUCUCACACCCUUUCACACUCUUCCUCUCACUCUCUCUCUCGCUGUCACACCCUUCCACGCUCUCUCCCUUUCACAUACUCUCUCCAUUCUCUCCUCUUACUUUCACACGCUCUCCCUCUUACAUCCUAGCACACUCUCCCCUCACACGUUUCACACUCCCCCUUUCACACCGUCACCCUUUCAACCUCUCUCUCUCACGUUCUCGCCAUCCCACACCUUUGACACUCUCUCCUUUUCAAACUCUCUCUCACACUUUCUCCCUAUCACCGUUUUAUUCUCUCCGAUUCUCCUACACGCAGCCCCGCUAUCUCACUUCCCUUCCCUUUACUCUCGCUCACCUCUCCCCACACACCCUUUCACCCUCGCUCACUCCUUCUGUCUGUCUCCAUCACUCCCGAAGGCUUUUGCUCUAACGAGGAGGCGCGGUACCUGGGAGAAGCGGCGCGUCCCCGUGGUUGUCGGGAGCGCGCUCGGAGAUCCCUGGCAAAAUCUGUCAGCUCAAGCACGGGCGUGCGUCCAUCUGCAAACCUUCCCCCCCCCCCCACCCAAAAAAAAAGCGGCGAAAAUGCUUGUUGGACCCGACACGACCCCUGCAAGACGCGAACUCACACUCUCCGGUCUACAGCAGCUGGAACCUUCCGCCAACGUCUUGUCACUUUUACCCAGAAACGUGUAAAUUACGGGGCCAAAGUCCGACGGCGUUCGGGUGUGUUCGGACUUCUAAAGCAACUACAGAUUAUCAAUCUCAUCAUAUAAAAGGGAGGAGACGAUGGCAGACAGAUUGGUGCUGCUGGGAGCCUGGUGUCUGGCUGGCUUCUGGACCACUGUCCACGCCUGUCCCGAGCUGUGCAUUUGCCAGGACAAAUACUCCCACCAGUUCGCCGACUGCGCCUACAAGAACUUCGCUUCCGUUCCCGACGGCCUGCCCCACAACGUGACCACCCUCAGCCUCUCGGCAAACAAGAUCAGGUCGCUGCUCCGGAAUUCCUUCGUCCGGGUGCCUCAGGUCACGUCCCUCUGGCUGGCUCAUAAUGAAAUCUCCACUAUCGAAGCGGGAACGCUGGCGCCACUGUCGCAGCUCAGAAACCUGGACAUCAGCCACAACCAGAUCGCGCGGUUCCCCUGGCAGGACCUGUACAACCUCACCGAUCUGCAGCUGCUGAAGAUGAACAAUAACCUCCUGUUCGGGCUGCCCAGGGACGCUUUCUCCACGCUGAGGGACCUGCGCUCCCUCCGCAUCAACAGUAACCGUUUCCGCACUUUCGAGGAGGGCACCUUCGAUUCGCUCACCUCACUGUCCCACCUACAGAUCUACAGCAACCCCUUCUCCUGUAACUGCCGACUGGAAUGGCUUAAGGACUGGAUCCACCAGGCGCUUAUCUCCAUCCCGGAGAAGCAGGACAUCAAGUGCUCGGAGCCGCCCGAGCUGAACGGGACGGCCGUGGUCGACCUACCCCCACUGCAAUGCUCGGCGCCCUCUGUCUACCUGACCUACCAGGGCAACAAGGACAAGGCAGGCUUCUUCGAGGGCCAGACGCUCACCGUGCAUUGCAACUCCACGGGCAACCCAAUUCCCCAGAUCAGGUGGAAGGUGCAGACGGCCAGCCGAGAGGUCGAGCUGAACGAGGCGAAGGUGAGAGAGGAGGGGAGGGAGUUGGCGACUGGGAAGGAAGACCAGGGGCGGCUGGUGGUCCUUAAGAAUGGUACCCUCGUUAUCCCCCGCCUGACCAAGUAUGAAGAAGGACUCUACACCUGUCUGGCCACAAACCUCAUGGGGAGCAACGAGUCCUCCCUGGAAGUGGUCCUCAGUCCCGCAUCGAAGCGUGGCCCCGUUUACACCAAGGAACCCGCUCUGAGCCCCAGCACGACCCAAAGGCCGUCUGUUAAGGUCAACGCCGCCGGUUUGCCCAGCCUGCACGGGAUGGUCGGGAGUCCGGACCCGACCCUGGGCGGCCUCCCGACCUGGGCGCCCCUGCCAAGCGCUCCGGACGCCCAGAGUUGCGUGAGGAGAGAGGGAAGCCGUUACAUCUCCAACCACGCCUUCAACCAGAGCUCCCAAAUGAAGCAGCACACUUUCGACUUCGGAGUGAUCGCCCUGGAGGUGAGUGAGAACGACGCCAGGGUACAACUCACCCCCUUUCAGAGCUCGCCGAGAGUCAGGAGCCCGCAGAUGCUGUACCUGUGCAGGGGCCAAGGAGCGGACGGCGCCUCGGUGGUCGAGUGGUCCAUGAUCGAGGAUGGGGUCAACUCCUACCGCUUCCAGAACCUGAGGCCGGGUUCCAACUACACCCUCUGCUUUACCUACACGGGCCUGGAAUGCCAGGUUCAGGUUAUCUUCACUACCAGGAGGAAGAUCCCGUCGCUACUGAUUAUGAUCGUGGUCAGUUGUUUCCUCCUGGGCUUGGCCACCGUCCCCUUGCUGGGAGCGACCUGUUGUCACCUCAUGUACAAGUACCAGGGCAAGACCUACAAGUUGAUCAUGAAGGCGCAGGCGCCGGGGAAAGUGGGGAAGGAUGCGACCAGUCCGUUCGAAGCCGCCGCCUCCUCUCUGCACGGUUCGGCCCGGGUCUACGAGCCCAGCGAGGCCGGCGGGGCGAGCCUGGAGGCCGAGUCUCACGCCAAAGACAACCAGGACGAAUUUGAGAUCUGCUCCGAGUACAGCGACCGUCUGCCGCUCGGCGCAGAGGCCGUGGACAUUAGUCAGGAGAUCAACGGGAAUUAUAGGCGACCCAUGCGCUGACUCUCGAGGCAGGGUAGCAGACCACCCGAGUCCAAACAAUUCCACCCGAAAUAAUAUUUUAAAAGCCCCCGUUUCCUCUACAAAACUCUGGACCUCCGCACGGUCGAAAAGCCGUGGAUUUUGUUACGAUAUCAGUAUCCUACUGAAAACACACACACACACACACACACACACACACACACACACACACACACACACACACACACACACACACACACACACACACACACACACACACAACAUGGUUCGGGAAUUAGAAGCAGUUAUGACCAAUUCCCGGUUCAAGGAUGCGGGGGUAAUGGAGAAUACGUGCGAUCAGCUGUCGUGAACUAGUCUUUGUCAGAGAAAAACAUAAGGUGCUUGGUCUAUACUCGAUUGUCAACCCUUGUACAGUUCCGUGAGAAGUACUGUAUGUCCUCACUGCCACCCUCCCUCCUCCUGCAUUGAUGUAGUGACGCUAAUGUGUGUAUCUCUCGGUGUUUACCAGUGCAAUGUCCGCCCACUACACCGUCCACUGCAGAUAGCACACUCCAUGCCAACAGCUCCCGGCCCCCGUGUUAUGUUCGGAAAUUAGUCUGUGUAAAUGGAAGUAGUGUUUGGUGUGUAUACGGAGUGCAUAAAUGGGACCGGCCACUCCCUGAGGUGUACGAGGGUGUCCUCUUCGGUGUAACUGUCGAGCUGUGGGGCCAUUGGGUGUGUGUGUGUGUGAGAGAGAGAGAGGGGGAGAGAGGAAGUGUGUGCGUGAGAAAGAGAGAGAUGGAGGGGAUAGGGAAAGUGUGUAUGUGAGUGAGUGAGUGAGUGUGUGUGUGUGUCUGUGUGUGAGUGAGA